GAGAGCCUGCGGGGAGACUGCAAGGAUAGAAGAGUGGACGCAAGUUGGAGGAGCAACUUUUGGGGAUAGACCCUUCUCCAGCGAGGGACGGGAAAGGAGAGCGGGGCGGGUGAAAGGCGAGGAGCCGGGGAUGGCCGAGGACUGGAGCCAGCAGGUGCAGCCAGUGCUGCUGGUGUCCUUGGCUCUGCUGGCCUGCCUGGAAACGUGCAGGUGGCUGCGGCGCUGGGGGACACGCCGCCGCCGUCCCCCGGGACCCUUCGCCUGGCCGCUGGUGGGCAACGCCAUGCAGCUGGGCAGGUCUCCGCACUUGACCUUCUGCAGGAUGGCGCGGCGCUACGGCGACCUCUUCCAGAUCCGGCUGGGGCGCCGAGACAUCGUGGUGCUGAACGGCGAGGCGACCAUCCGCCGGGCGCUGCUGCAACACAGCGCCCAGUUCGCCGGGCGCCCCGACUUCGCCUCCUUCCGCCUGGUGUCCGGGGGUAAGAGCAUGGCCUUCGGCCAGUACAACCGCCAGUGGAAGGCGCACCGGCGCCUGGCGCAGUCCACCGUGCGCUCCUUCUCCACGGCGGACAGCCACAGCCGCCGCCUUCUGGAGCACCACGUCCAGGGAGAGGCCCGCCAGCUGCUGCGGGUCUUCCUGCGGCUGGGGGCCGAGGGCCGCCACUUCCACCCGUGUCCCGAGCUGACGGUGGCGGCCGCCAACGUGAUGUGCGCCCUGUGCUUCGGGCGCCGCUACAGCCACGACGACCGCGAGUUCCGGCGGCUGCUGGGCAGGAACGACCGCUUCGGCCGCACGGUGGGAGCCGGCAGCCUGGUGGACGCGAUGCCAUGGCUCCGAGCCUUCCCCAACCCGGUGCGCAGCGUCUACCGUGACUUCCAGCAGCUCAACCACGAGUUCUUCGAGUUCGUCCGCUCCAAAGUGGACCAGCACCGGCGGACUUACCGGCCGGGCACCACCCGGGACAUGAGCGACGCCUUCAUCGAAGCGCUGGAGGGGGACGGGCGGGCACAAGAAGGGCUGAGCCGGGAGCACGUAGAGGGCUCGGUCACCGACAUCCUGGGAGCCAGUCAGGACACCACGUCCACCGCCCUGAGCUGGGUCCUGUUCCACCUCAUCCAGUUCCCGCACCUUCAGGCCAAGCUCCAGCGGGACAUCGACGAGGUGGUGGGCAGGGACCGUCUGCCCGGCUCCCAGGACAAAGCCCGCCUGCCUUACCUGGAGGCUUUCCUGUACGAGAUCAUGAGGUUCACCAGCUUCGUCCCGAUGACCAUCCCGCACGCCACCACCUCGCCCGUGGACAUCAACGGCUACCACAUCCCCCAGGACACGGUGGUCUUCAUCAACCAGUGGUCGGUCAACCACGACCGCGACAAGUGGAAGGACCCCAACAUCUUCGACCCCGGACGGUUCCUGAACGCGGACGGCACCAUCAACAGGGACCUGACCAGCAGCGUCAUGAUCUUCUCGGUGGGCAAGAGGAGGUGCAUCGGGGAGCAGCUGUCUAAGAUCCAAAUCUUCCUCUUCACCGCCAUCCUGGUGCACCAGUGCACCUUCGAGGCGAACCCUUUGGAAAAGCUGAGCACGGACUGCAACUACGGGCUGACCAUCAAACCCAUGGCUUUCACCGUCCUGGUCAGACUGAGGGACAAGUUCAUAGAGGCGGCGGCCGAGGCGGAGAGACCUAGCGGACCGGCUGACUGCCGAACAGUUCCCACCGCACUUCACACGCAGAGAUAACACGCCCUGCCCCUUCUCACGGGCAGCCCGGCACUGACUUCAAGUGAACUCUAAAUAUAUUUGAUACGAGCCAUAUUCUUACUUGUCGAGAGAAAUUACGCGCCAACCGCCCCCCUCUUUAAUACAUAAGAGUUUUUACACUAUUUGGUACCGGUAUUUUGUAUCAAACCGGCUUCCUCUUGGGUUUUAAACCAGCUGCUUCUGAAAUCCAUUUAAAAACAUUCCCGUCCAGAAAUUGGACCCCUCUGGGUGCUGGCGGCGCUAAACACGCUGCGUGUGGUACCACCACCUUUGCCGAUC